AAAUGAAUCAUCAAUAGGUUUAAAAACACCCAAUCAAUCAAUCUAGGGUUUAUCAGACGGAAAGCAGGGGGUUGCGGCAGUGAGUCUGCGUAGAAGGGUAGAAUAAUUUCACCGGAGAUUUAGAUCUCCCGCCGGCGAUUCUCAAACAUGGCUAGAGGACUAAAGAAGCAUAUGAAGAGGCUCAAUGCUCCCAAGCAUUGGAUGCUUGACAAACUUGGUGGCGCUUUCGCUCCUAAGCCAUCAUCUGGGCCGCAUAAAUCUAGGGAAUGCUUGCCGUUGAUCCUCAUACUGAGGAACCGGUUGAAGUAUGCCUUGACUUACCGUGAGGUUCAAUCUAUUUUGAUGCAACGACAUGUUCUUGUUGACAACAAGGUCAGGACUGACAAGACGUACCCUGCUGGUUUCAUGGAUGUUGUUUCUAUUCCCAAGACCAAUGAAAGCUUCCGUCUUCUUUAUGACACAAAGGGUAGAUUUAGACUGCACUCAAUCAGAGACGAGGAGUCAAAGUUUAAAUUGUGCAAGGUUCGUUCAGUUCAGUUUGGUUCAAAGGGAAUUCCAUACAUCAACACCUAUGAUGGUCGAACCAUUCGUUACCCCGACCCACUCAUCAAAGCUAAUGACACCAUCAAGCUUGAUCUAGAAUCAAACAAGAUUGUUGAUUUCAUCAAAUUUGAUGUUGGUAAUGUUGUUAUGGUAACUGGUGGAAGAAACACUGGCCGGGUUGGAAUCCUUAAGAACCGGGAAAAACAUAAGGGCAGCUUCGAAACUGUUCACAUUCAAGAUGCAACCGGCCAUGAGUUUGCGACCCGUUUGGGUAAUGUUUUUACCCUUGGAAAGGGUUCAAAACCGUGGGUUUCCUUACCUAAGGGUAAGGGUAUCAAGCUAACCAUCAUCGAAGAGGCUAGAAAGAGGCAGGCUGCUCAAGAAGCCGCUUAGAUCGUGUUUGGUUAUAGGGGUUAUGGUGUCUUGUUUUUUAUUUCAAGUUUGUUGGAAUGUUAUUUUUUUCUUGCUUUAUGUUUAGACUAUUAUCAGUUAUGUUAUACUAUUGAAUUUUGUUGGUUAAGUUUUGUUAUAAAAUGGAGAACAUCAUUGAUGUUUUUUUACC